AUGAGCGGCACAAAAAGUAUUUUGGAUUUGCCUGCAAAGGUUCUUUGGUGUAUAUUUGGAGAACUGACUCUCCAUGCCAAAAUCCAAUUGGCACAGGUGCACCCAAUUUUUCGAAAUGCAUUCAAACACCACAUCGGUCAUCAAUUUCAAAGCAUAAGAACCGGGGACUUGCCCUUUGAAGCGUGGGCUAUCAUAUUGGAAAUAUGCGGUUCGGACGUCAUCGAACUCAAUUUUAUAGAUGCGAAAGCGGAAGAUCGUCUGGUGAAUUUGUUUGGAAAGUAUUGCAAGAACUUGGAAGUCUUGCAGGUGUUAUCUGAGUUUGAUGGCGGCGCGGCCAAAGACCUGGUCUUGCAACACAAAGAACUCCAUACGAUCACCUUGAGACUUCCCGAUCCAAAAGAAGCCAUUGACGCCAUGUUAAAUCUUCCAAACUUAAGGCAUUUAUCAUUGCAAAUUUUUUCCGGAAAAGGAGUUCCUAACGUACAAGAACUGCGUGAAUUGGAAAGUUUGGAAUUACAUUCUUACAACCAAAAAGAAUUCAUAUGCCUGCGUGAUGUGUGUCAGACACUACCAAGUCUUUCGGAGUUGACCUUGUUGAACUUUAAAAUUCAAAGUCAAGGGUCAGAGGAAAUGUCUACAUCCAUUGAGUACCUUCAGCUCUAUGGUUGCGAACCCUAG